CCCUCACCAACAGCAGCACCAAUCACGGCGGUUAUGGAGCUGGGGGCAGUAAUAAGAGUAGUGCCUCCCCACCAGUAGGAACAGUGGUGCUUACCCAGCGGUUGGCAGUGGCGUAAGUACCACAGGUGCAGGGGAUGCCAGCAGCUAUGUGGCCCCGGCUAACUCCAUGGCCCGCAGCUCCCCUGCACCCAGUCACACAGAGAACAAGAGACAGGCUGAGGCUGCUCAGGCACACUGUCCACGGCAGUACUAGCAGAGAAGGGGAGAGCCGUAGGGAGGGGGCGUGGCCAUAUGCAAAGCAUUGCCUAUUCACUGGCCAGAUACUGUACCUGAUGCUCCUCUGUAAUAGCCGCCGAAGCCCCGCCCACCCGCGGCUCCUGGUGCCCCGCCCCCAUUUUGGCUAAAGUUCUCCCAUUCACUCUCCAGUAACUGUUGGGAACCCUGGGCACUGAAAUUAUGAGAAAAGGGCAGCUGCAGGGGCUGAGUGGCCUACAGGAGUACCAGAAAUACCAGGAAGAAAAAUGCAUGGACACAGGGCAGCUGUCACCAUCUGUGAGGUGAACUCUGCAUGCAUCCUACAGUGAGAGUACACUGCAUUCCUGCACCCAGAGACCAGCCACAGGGACCAGCGUGUUGAAGAGGGACCGUCCUACCAGCCAACCAAAGGAACCAUCCUGCCAGUCAGUCACAGGAACCAGCCUGUUGCAGAGGGACCAGACAACCGGUCGAUGUGGUCUAGCUGGGGUUGCAGCGCGGCAGCCGGGCUCCUGGGGGCGCUCUCAGCAUGCUUUGCUAAACUUGCACUUGGAGCAGAUUACUUGAGGGAUGUGUGUGAGAUUUCAGCCGGGGAGCAAACGGAGAUCUGUGACUGGAUCCACCUGCUCCUCCGCUUGUGCUCUGUGGGCCUUGUGUUUCUGUGCAAUGCUGCAAUGUGGACAUUCUUUGCAAAAGCAUUACGGUUCUCCUUAUCUUCAGCGACUGCAACCGUGACAACAACAGCUUCAAAUUUUGUGUCUUCAGCAUUACUUGGCAAAGUGCUGUUUGGAGAGUCUCGUGCCCUGCUCUGGUGGGUUGGAAUUUCAAUUACACUUUGUGGAUUGGUUUUACUCCACACAUCCUCACCACAAGCCGAAGAUACAACAAAAAAGAAAAGCUAGUCCACUGGGCAGUGCUUCAUUCCUUCAUGAACUUUACAAGGCAAUAUUUUUAAAAGUAAAAAAAAAAAAACUUCUACAGCUAGCCUUGAAUGAAAAGCAUUUUAUAUAAGCAAUUGUCUGCAGGUCGACAAUAAAUGAAUCCAUUGGUUAAAUAGGCUACUGUGGGACUGCUUAAUAACAAUUGCACUUUGGUUGGAGUCCCGACACCUGUAACCCACUGUUCUCUGAGAGGGUCAUUCUACAGCUCUCUGGUCUGAAAAUUUACAUGGCAGCUAUUAUCUGGUAACAUUUUUAUUUCUAGGGAGGAACCAUUACAAAAUUGUUUUGUUAGGGUUAUGAAUAAAUAAGGGUCCAAAUUGGAUACCCUAAUUAAA